AUGACAGGCCGUCAGAAUGAAUACUUUAUCCCAGGGGAUGGAAUCACCCGCGAAGUGAUCCAAGCAGAUAUUUGUCGUUAUCUUGGAAAUGAUGCACUCGUUCGACCUGGAAACCACAGUGGUCGCCAAGGAUUUUUCAUCCGAGCCUAUCGGAAUCUCACAUCCGAGAUGAUUGCUGAUUUGAAGGCGGAUUCUGCUCGCUGGGAGGCAGACGUCGCCCGUCGGGCUGACCUAGGCUAUCCGAGAGGUAGUUACAUCCAAGAUGUAAACAUGUCACACCAUACCCCUAACCCUGGUUCAGCGAACUAUGCCGCUUCGGCCAUCCAUGAGGUUCGCCAACAACAGGGGCCUUCCCCUACUCCUUUCACUGCUGCUCCUGCGCAGCAACCAUACAUGGACCACUCCCACUCCUACUCUCAGAGCCCCUUUUCUGGAUCCCAAAGUGCUCCAUACAGCAAUCCUCCUGCUUCUUACAGCUCAACUCACUCGCCCUAUGGAUCUGGCCAGGCUCCUUACCCUCCACCCCAGGUCACUUAUGCGGGCUCUUCCCAGCCCAUUGUUACCCAGGCUGAUAUCCACCCUUCAUACACCUACACAGCUUCCGGCUAUGGUGGCUACGAAGGUGGUGGUCGAAAUGCCCCUAGAUACACUGGCCCCGGUUAUGAUACCGAAUCGGAUUAUCCUCCCCAGACUACCGGGAUGGGAUACCCUUCUACAACUGCCCCAGACCCCCGGAUAGGAAUGGAACCAAGAUACACUCCGGAGUUCGAGCGCAGUAGACCGCAGGCAACCAGAGGAGACCGGGACCCUCACCGCCGACGAUAG